AAGUUGAAAAAUGGAGAAGGUGAUCGUGCAGAACUAUGUCAACGGAAAGUUUGUUCAGACGGAAAAAUAUAUCGAUAGUUUUGAUCCGUCAACAGGUGAAGUCUGGGCAAAGAUUCCAGAUAGUGGAGAGACAGAAGUAAACGAUGCCGUCACCGCUGCCAAGGCUGCGUUUCCAAAGUGGUCCAGCACUCCAGUUUUAGACAGAUCUAAACUCAUGCUGAGAAUUGCUGAUCUGAUUGAAGCGAGACAAAAUGAGUUUGCUGAACUGGAGUCAAGAGACCAGGGAAAGCCGGUGUGGUUAGCGAAAUCUGUUGACAUUCCACGCUUGAUGCACAAUUUCCGAAGCUAUGCCACAUCAGUUAUUCAUGAUGUGAACAGAUCUACAGUGAUGGAACCUGUGGGUGCCAUUAAUUACACUGUGAGGGAGGCAGUGGGUGUGGCCGGUCUUAUCAGUCCAUGGAACCUCCCCCUGUACCUCCUGUCAUUUAAGAUCGCCCCAGCCAUCGCCUGCGGUAACACUGUCGUCGCCAAACCCAGUGAGAUGACAUCAGUCACUGCAUGGAAGCUCUGCCAGAUAUUUGAGGAAGCAGGUGUGCCACCUGGAGUGAUUAAUAUUGUGUUUGGAGUUGGUCCCCGGGCAGGAGAAGCCCUCGUCAAACAUCCAGAUGUACCUCUGAUAUCAUUUACCGGCGGGACGGUUACUGCCAAAAGAAUCCGGGAAGCUGCCGCCCCUUACUGCAAAAAAUUCUCAUUGGAGCUUGGAGGAAAAAAUGCUGCAGUAAUUUUUGAUGAUGCUGACUUGGAGAAAUGUUUAUCAACUUCAAUUAGGUCAAGUUUCGCCAAUCAGGGAGAAAUUUGUCUUUGUACAAGCAGAAUUUAUGUUCAGAAGCAACUCUACCCAAAGUUUCUAGAGAAAUUUGUUACUGAAACCAAGAAAAUAAGGGUUGGUGAUCCAAGAAAUGAGAAAACAUUCAUGGGAGCUUUGAUAAGUAAAGAACAUUUGGCAAAGGUCAAAGGUUAUGUGGAUUUGGCCGAAAAAGAAGGAGCAACAAUUGCGUGUGGUAAAGAGGAUUUAAAACUGGAGGAGAGCAACAAGAAUGGAUAUUUUAUGAGACCCACUGUCAUUACUGAUGUGAAGGACGACUCUCGUCUGAUGAAAGAAGAAAUUUUUGGCCCAGUGACUUGUAUUGUGCCAUUUGACACAGAGGAAGAGGUAUGAAAAAGAAGCUAAUAUGGGGAGUAUGGCUUAUCUGCCACUGUCUGGACUGAGAAUGCAUCUCGACUUCACAGAGUCUCACAGUCUCUACAGGUCGGGACAGUGUGGGCUAACUGUUGGUUGGUGAGGGACCUGAACGUGCCCUUUGGAGGAGUCAAGAAUUCAGGUGUCGGAUUUGAGGGCAAUAUCGAUUCUCUUGAAUUUUUUACAAACCAGAAAACAAUCUGUGUGAAAUUAUAAAGAACAAAUAACUAAGUCAUGCUUCCUAAUUCAUAAUGUGAACUUAUGAAAACUCUAGGCAAUUUUUUAAUGCAAUCAAAGCCUGAGAUGAUUAAUUACAUUCUAAUUAACAGUAUUAUUGAUAGCUUUAAAAAAUUAAUUUCCCACUUCUGUAUGAUGUUACACUUAUUCGGAUUGCUACUUUUCAUUAUUUUGCAAAGGGUAAAAAUUUACAGCCCCUGCAGUAACUUUUAAGAAAGUUGAUAUUCUGUACAUAUAGAGUUAUGAUGUUGACUUCACAGACUUGUUGUAUACUUCAGCAGAUUCAAAUGUAUUAGAAUAACAAAACAAAAAUGUGGAAAUUUGAAACACCUGUGAAUUUAGAUCUCUAUACAAUAAGUGCUAUGUAAGACAUCACAGUGCUUUACAUUUUUUUUCACUUAUUUACAGCUGCUUUGUUUUGUUUAUUUGUUUGUGAUAUAUUUUAUAUUGAUGUAUUGUUUA